AGAAGCAGCUUCUACCAGAUUAACAGGACGAUAAUGAAGAUGCUGAACUCAACUGCAAUAAUGCGUCUCUUCAUCAUCCUCAUCCUCGCUGUAUACACGGCUCCAGCGACGCCAGAGCAAAACAGCAAAGCAAGGCGCCGAAUGUCUCCUGGAAUGAAGAUCUCUAUGACUGGAUAUCCCAACUCCAUUGAUGAUGAUUUCAUGGGAUGCAAAGAAGAAAUGUAUGAUCGGGUUACUAAGCAGUUACUGGACAAAGAGUUGAACUCCAAUGAGAACUUCAAGACAGAUUGGAAUGCUGCCAAAAAACGCCUUGGUUUAGAAAAUACUGCUUUAACAAGGGAGAACUUGAGAAGCAUAGCCCUUCAAGCGUACACCAGAAACAAUAUUUACAGUGACCUUAAUAAUAAAAUGCGUGAGGGUAGAGGCAGCUAUACGAACACAUUUGGGUUGAUCUCUUUACACUUUCUGAUGACAGAUGGUAUCCAAACUCGCAAUGCCAAACAACGUCCUCAGGGCAUGUGCCAAACCACUUACCGUCGCACAAAGGCUACGAUUGACCUAACAGACACCUUAGUGCGAUUUGGUGGUUUUGCUUCUUCUUCACUCAAGGCUACACUGGAACACUUUGGAAAAGAGACUUGUUUUAUCAUCACUACAUGCUACGGUGCUGAUAUAUCAGACGUAUCAGUGCUUCCACCUGAAGCUGAAGUGCUGAUACCCCCUUACGAACUGUUCAUACAGGACCCAGAUAUAAAGGACUCGGAUAUUCCAGAAGAAUUUAAACGUGACUGUAGACGUGUUUACAAACUGAUCAGUGUAGGUCAGAUUAGCAUCAUGAAAUGUCAACUGGUUAAUAAGGUUAACGCUGGCUGA